UAUGGUGCUGAAAACCAAACGAUUAUAGAAUGUCAAUUAUCUAGACAUGACGUUUUACAGCGUUGUGGUUGCAAUAUUUUCCGUUAGUGCAUUUUUUGUCCACCACCACUCUAGACACCAUCACUUUAGCGCCUAUUCUCUCUCUCCUCUUUCUCUCUCUCCAUUUUUGAUUGCAAUCUAAGCUUUUCAUAAAGAAGCCAUCUUUAUUCCUUAAAUAAGCUUCUUUUUAUAGCUCCAGAUUUUACACCCAUUAAAGUUUAUAGCUUUACAUGUGCCUCAACAUUUCUAAUUGUCUUCUUCCUUCAUUUCCUCUGUAAAUUUAUCUCCAAUUUUUCAAAAAAAUCCAGAAAAAUUUCUCCUUUUUUUUUUAUAUCUCUUAUAGAAUCUAGAAGAAGAAAAACCCUUCAUUAAGGAACGAUUGUUUAGACCCAAUUCAUAGAAUAUAAUCAAAAAAGGUGAAAAGGGUUGUUCUUUUAAUUUUUUUUUUUUUGAAAUGGGUGUGAUUGAUGGAUGAGAGUAAAAGUAAUUGCUUUUUCCUUCAUGUUCAGGUGAUUAAUGGUUGAUGGUUUGAAGGGAAAUUAUAUCCAUAAUUAGUUUUGAAGGCAUGUUUGAUUGAAUUUUAGAAGAAAUUUUGAUAAUUAUUGAAGGGUAUUUAGAGUAGAAUAUGAAUUUGUGAAAAAAAAUUGCAAUUUUGGGUGAAGUGAAGGGAAAUUAGAUUAAAAUGGAGACUGUAAGCCCAACCCAAGAAACCCAGGUGCAGCCAAAAAAGAUGAAAAAACAGUUGACUGGAAAAAGGGAUGAUAGCAAACUUCAUGCUGCAGCAAGAGCUGGAAAUUUAGAUGAAGUGAUGGAAAUAUUGAAUGGUACUGGAGAGGAGGAAUUGAAAGAAUUGCUGGUAAAACAAAAUCAGGCAGGUGAAACAGCACUAUAUUCAGCUGCAGAAUAUGGGCAGGUUGAUAUAGUUAGGGAGAUGAUUAAGUAUUAUGAUCCUAGUGCUGCUAGCAUCAAAGCUAAGAAUGGAUUUGAUGCUUUCCAUAUCGCGGCGAAAGAAGGCGAUUUGGAGACACUGAAAGUGCUAAUGGAGACACACCCUGAUCUUUCCAUGACAUGUGAUACUUCCAAUACCACGGCGUUGCAGACUGCUGCAACACAAGGGCACACAGAGGUGGUAAAUUUUCUCUUGGAGACAGGAAGUGGGCUUGCCACCAUUGGUCGAAGUAAUGGUAAGACAGCCUUACAUGCAGCUGCAAGGAAUGGACAUGUAGCUGUUGUGAAAGCUCUACUGGGGAAAGAAACCGGGAUUACUACAAGGACCGACAAGAAGGGACAGACGGCACUUCACAUGGCAGUGAAGGGUCAAAAUCUUGAGGUGGUGGAGGAGCUGAUUAGGGCUGAUCCUUCUCUGAUCAAUAUGACCGAUAGCAAGGGUAAUACGCCGUUGCAUAUAGCCACAAGAAAAGGCCGGCAUCAGAUUGUAACAAGAUUAUUAGCUGAAAACGAAAAAGAUACCACAGUUGUGAACAGGGCAGGUGAAACUGCUUUUGACACAGCUGAGAAAAUGUCACAUCCGGAGAUAUUAGAAACCCUCCGAGAGCAUGGUGUUCAAAGUGCCAAAGUCAUCAAACCUCAAGCAACCAGCAACAAUGCCCGUGCACUUAAACAAACCGUGAGUGACAUCAAACACGAAGUCCACCACCAGCUAGAGCACACCCGACAAACAAGAAGACGUGUCCAUGGAAUUGCAAAACGGAUCAACAAGAUGCACACAGAGGGCCUCAACAAUGCCAUUAACUCCACCACAGUGGUCGCAGUCCUUAUAGCAACUGUUGCUUUUGCAGCCAUUUUUACUGUUCCAGGCCAAUAUGUUGAUGACCCUGAUAAUGUUCCUCCUGGAAGCUCCCUUGGAGAAGCACACAUUGCUCCAAAAGCCGCAUUUUUAAUCUUCUUUGUUUUUGACUCAGUUGCCCUUUUCAUAUCUCUUGCUGUUGUUGUGGUUCAAACCUCAGUUGUAGUUAUAGAAAGCAAGGCGAAGAAGCAAAUGAUGGCGAUCAUAAACAAGCUCAUGUGGUUGGCCUGUGUUCUCAUCUCUGUGUCAUUUCUGGCUCUGUCUUUUAUUGUAGUAGGAGCCAGGGAGAGAUGGCUUGCCAUUGGGGUGACUAUUAUAGGAACAACUAUCAUGGUGACUACUUUAGGUACCAUGUGUUAUUGGGUGAUUCAACAUCGAAUUGAGGCGAAAAGUUUAAGGAGCAUUCGGAAAUCAUCACUCGAAAGCAAAUCAAGGUCUUGGUCUGUUUCUGCUAUGUCAGAUUCUGAAAUUCUGAAUGCUGAGAAGUUCAAGAAGAUGUAUGCUAUAUGAAAGUCUCUUAAGCUGUUUGUUGUAGUAUUCUUUUUUUUUUUUUAUCUAAGGCAUAGCAGCUAAAUCUACUGAUGCAGCUUCAUUAUCCUAUAUAUAUGUAUAUCCUUAAGAAGUUGAUGGUCUUUUGUAAAUGAUUGUUACUUUUUUCUGCAUCAGAUGUUUCAGCUGUAUAUAUAUAUUUAUUAAACAAAACCACCAUGGUGGUAACGGAAUAGAGAGAAAAAAGGAGAGGUUUUUUUCCACAAAGUAUUGUGAACCUAUGUAAUUUUGCUAAUUAUGCACCUUGACUGUGGAUAUAUCAUACUUCUCCCUUUGUUUUCCAA